AUUGUUAUUGUUUUUCUCUCGCUGGAACAGAUCGGACGGAUGGGUGUAGCUGUGCGUUUUUCCUCCGAAAAUUUAGCUCUCUAGCAAAACGCACUGGUAGCCCGGCUGUGUGCGUUUGUCCGGUGGUGUGCAAGAGUUUGUUUAAAUGCUUCCCUAAGCAGCCAAUCCAGCCUGCCUACCGAUCAAUAGUAACUUUGUUUCGUUUUGCCGCGGCCACGCGUCCGUUCCGUGUGUAGAAGAAGAGUCCGUGCCGUGUGUGUUUUGCUGUGCCUCUUUGUUACCACCGAUGUGCAAACAGGAGCACAAGUGCACAGUGUGUUUAUUCGCAUCGAUUUGUUUCCACAAUCUGGCUGCUGUCCGAGCGGAAUGGGUUCGCUGAUAAUCUUUCGUUGAAGUGUCUUUAGGUUUUAUGUGUGUGUGCUUGUUGUGAAGUGAGCCUUGUAUGUGCCCGUGCAGUGUGGUAGGCAAAGCUAAAACCACGGAAGCUAGCGUUCCGGAAACGCCUCAAAGGCAAAGCAAGUCGUAGCAUUCGUGUUUCCCCGAAAACGCAUCGUUUGUCGUGCGUGUGCGAGUGCAUCGGGUGUGCGAGUGUGUGUGUAUGUGUCCAAGUUCUGUGCGGGCAGAGGAGGCUGCUAAUGUCCAUCUGCUGCAACCAUCGUUGAAGAAGAAGUGUGUAUUGUGGGCACAAUGCAAGUGCAAUCGCACCCGUGUAGUAGCUUAUUGUAGCGCAAGUGUGUUGCAUCCGGAUGCGUCUGCCUGCGUGUAGUGCAAUUUCGUGAACACAAUGGAUACGGAUCGAUGCAGCGGCGCCACCGUACGAGCUGCACACAACGCCAACCAUCGAGCGGAAAAGAAGCAAAACGGAACCUCGGAGCUAAUCGUUAAUCCAUGUCGACGACCGCAGCUGGCCCAACGCCACCGCCAGCCAUCCACCGGCGACGAAGAUGAACGACGAAGGAAGCGAAGAAAAGGCAACACCAUCCAGCAACAGCAAACAGCACAGCUGAAUCGUGCUAGCUGCUGCACGUCUAGCAAGCUGAGCUACGGGCGCAUCGCUAUGGCAACGGGAAACCAUCGCUGCAGCCCACAGCGAACGAUCGCCCGUUCCCGGCUGGUCACGGCUUGCUGUGUGGGAUUGGUGUUGCUUCAUCUCAUCGCGCUCGCUGCAACUACACCGUUGUCGAUCAAACCGGACUAUUGGCAGCGUGUGGCGUCUGUCGGUCGUGAACUGGUGAAGGAGAAUUUUGGCACAGAUGAUCAACGAUUUCAUCCUUCCAACGAAUUCUCACACUACGGGAAAAUAACGCCCCAGCUGCGACACGGACGGCAUAAACGAUCCUUAACAAAUACGCGCGAAGAGAACGGUCUGCACGCGUCGCAUUUAACCUUAAGUUAUACAUUAAACGAAGCUGAUGUGAUAUUAGAUUUACAACUAAACAAGGCGCUCAUACCGGACACCCAUUUCCUCAGCUAUCAGCUGCCGAACAGAACGGGCAAACGUGUCGUACGGUACGACCGUCGGCCGGAGGAGGUGGAUCUUUGCCACUACUAUGGCAAAAUACGAGGCAAACCCGACUCCAGUGCGGCCAUUACAACGUGUGGCGGUGAGACGGAAGGCAUUCGAGGAAUCAUUAUCGAUACCGACGAUACGUACUACAUCGAGAGUCCGCGGACGAAUGUGAAAAGCAACGACGGCACGGCAAGGAUCGACCUUGGCGAACACUUUAUCUAUCGCCACUCCGAUUUAGUUCCCGGUGGUCCAAACGGCGGUGGACAACAUCGGUGCGGUUACGACGGGGGACACAUCAACGCUACCCACGAUCCUGACCUAUACGCGCAACAUAUGGCAGCACCGAGGCGCGAGAAACGAGCCACCACCUCCUCGUCCGGUUCGCCCAAAAUCCGCGGACCGUACAACGCGAACAAGUACUCGAGCUACGUGGAGCUGGUGAUCGUGGUGGACAACAAGAUGUUCAAGACGAUGCGGGAAAACUUUAAAACCGUCCAGCAGUACUGCAAGGAUAUCACGAACAUCAUCAACGCGCUGUACGAACCGUUGAACAUCUUCGUCGGGCUGGUCGGCGUGGUCGUGUGGAACGAGGGCGACGAGAUCGAGCUGUCGAAGGAUGGCGAGGUGACGCUGAAAAACUUUCUGCACUAUCGCAAGAAAACGCUCAUCAAGGACCACCCGAACGAUAACGCGCAGCUCUUCACGAAGGAACACUUUGACGGUGGUGUGGUCGGGAAAGCGCUGAAGGGGCCGAUCUGUACGUACGAAUUUUCCGGCGGGGUGGAGAUGUACCACAGCGAAAUAAUCGGCGUGCAGGCGACUACGGUUGCGCACGAGAUGGGCCACAACUUUGGCAUGGAGCACGAUACGGCCGACUGCGAGUGCCCGGAGGAGCGGUGCAUCAUGUCCGCAUCCAGUUCGUCGAUCGCACCGAAGCACUGGAGCCGGUGCAGCAUCGAUCAGCUGAGCUUGGCGUUCCAUCACGGCAUGAACUACUGUUUGAUGAACAAACCGGCAAGCCUGUUCGAUUCGCCCGUCUGCGGGAAUGGGUUUGUGGAGGCGGGCGAACAGUGUGACUGCGGGCUGCCGGACUACUGUGACAAUUCGUGUUGCGAUCCGCGCACCUGCAUGCUGCACGCGAACGCAUCGUGCGCGACGGGCGAAUGUUGCGAUCUGCGGACGUGCAAGCCGAUGGUCGGUGGGACGGUUUGCCGCCAGGCGGACGGUGAGUGCGAUCUGCCCGAGUACUGUUCCGGCGAGUCGGAGUACUGUCCGGGCGAUGUGUUCAAGCGCGACACGGAAGCGUGCGAUGGGGGUAAAGCGUUCUGCUAUCGGGGCGCGUGCCGAUCGCAGAACGAUCAGUGCCGGUUGCUUUGGGGGCCGACGGGCAAAUCGUCCGAGCAGUGCUACGUGAAGAAUGAGGACGGUAGCCGGCACGGCAACUGUGGGUACAAUCGGGUGAAGAACGAGUACGUCAAGUGCGAUGAGGCGGACGUGCACUGUGGCAUGCUGCACUGUCGGCAUCUGAACGAGCGGCUCGAGUUCGGGAUGGAAUCGGUGGCGAUACUGUCGCACAGCUUCAUGACGUACAACGGUAGCGUGAUACCGUGCCGGACCGCGAUCGUGGAUCUGGGGCUGCAGAAGGUGGACCCGGGCCUCACGCCGGACGGGGCCAAGUGUGGCGAGGGCAGGAUGUGCCUCAACCAGAUGUGCAUGUCGGUGGAGAAGCUGCGGGCGGGCGGCAGUGGGGCGGCGUGUCCGGAGAAUUGUAACGGCAAUGGGGUGUGUAACAGCGAGGGCCACUGCCAUUGUGAGCCGGGCUUUGCGCCGCCGCUCUGCAUCGAGCACGGGUUCGGCGGGUCGCUCGACAGUGGACCGGCAACCGACCCGAAUGCUACCGACGCCUUCCGUCGUAUUUUGUUCAUCUUCUUCUGUGGCGUCGUCCCCACGUGCUUUAUCAUGUUCCUGGUCAUCUACUAUCUGCGCAACGGGCACAUGUUCAACGGCAAGCGCAAACCACCACCGAACGCUUUGACCACACACAUAAAGCCGGACGGUUCGCAUUCGGCCAGCUCGACCCACACGAUCCUACCGUCCUCACCGAAUUCGCCCGACUCGGACAUGAACGCGGCGCUCCUCCGGCCGUCGUCCACGAUCGGCGCCAGCAGCACGGUCGCCCCGAACGAGUCGGACUUUGUGGCCAACAACAACAUGUUCGGUAAAUUUAAAGGAUUCACCCUGCAACCCCUUCCCCAGUCCACUACGGUCGGCGGCGGCGGUGGCGGUGGCGCCGGCGUCGUCCCGGGCGGUCACAAAAAAACCCCCAAGGUGGCGUUCGUGCAGCCGGUCAGUAAGUAUAGCGAGGACAGGACGAGCAAUGCUGUCCCGGCCCGUGCUGCACCGCCCGUACCCGUACCGCUCAAAACGCUAGCCCGUGACAGUAGCCACAGUGACCGCAGCAGUAGCUUAGAUAAUGUAGCGACCUACCAUAAACCGGCAGGUAACGGCGUACCGUUCCGCGUCAACGGCUGCAAGCUGGCCAACCACGAGCAUCAGCUAGAUUCGGCGUCCGCCCCGGCACUACCGCCCGCCAACCCUGGCUCCACCGCUAGGCCGAUCAUUUCCAGCCCGAUCCUCGAGUCGUCGACGUCGAGGGAGCUGGUGGUGGCUGGCGUCACGCAACAAGCAUCGAAUGUUCCUAUCCGCCCGGCACCAAUGCUUCCUCCACCGGCCAGCGCCAGCGAGGUGGCCUCCAAUCCAUCCACAGCGAUCGCAUCCGACACGUCGAGCACGCUGUCCGCCGAGGUACUGAUCAAUCCGGUCAGCAAGGAUAAGAAGGUGAAGGACAGCAAGCUGAACCGCAUCACGUCGUACCUGAAGAAGGAAGAGAAGCCCCCGAAACCGGAACCGAAGCAGCUGAAGGUGAUCGACAAGGAGAAGCUGCGCAACAUCGACAUCUCCGCCCCGAUACCGAUCGAGCAGAACAAUCCCGAGCUGGCGAAGAGUAUGCCCCGGUUGGCCGACAUCAGCGCGCCGGGCGACGAAAAGCAACCGGCCGCACCGGUGACGGGUGCAUCGGUACAGCGCGCCAAAAGCAUGCGCGACCCAGAAUCGACCGUGGGGAAUGCGCAGCGUAAGGUGCGCAUCGUUGACGAUCGGUCCGAGCGAUCGGAGAAUGGUUCGAUCGGUGGCAGCAGCACGGGUUCGGGAAAGAAGGGUUCGGGAGCGGGUCUAAAGCGACCGCAAAGUAUGGUCGGCAUGAGGCCUUCCAUUCCACCGCCGAGACCACCGGUACCGGGCGGAGCCGUCGUCGGCGGCGAACCAACGACGGCGUUGAAAAUUCCCGGCGUGCCUGGCUAUCAGAACCCUCCGCCGCCGAAAUCGGUCCGCAUCCUUACACCGCCCGGUGCGCGGGAGUACGACGAUUGUCGGGACAGUGGCAACGGGAGCGGGGGACACUCGUCGCUCGGUUCGGACAAUAUUUACUCCGUGAUCGAUGAGUCGCCCUCACCGCCAAGCAUUCUCUCGCCACCGGCCAUCUCUUCCGGUGGCAGCUCGGAAAGCAUGGGCUUGUUGGGCGAAAUCGUGCACGAGAUCGAGAGCCGCAAUGGUGACUCGGUGUACAUUGCGUCCACACUGCGCCGGGGCGACGGUGGAAGCAGAAAGUCUUCGUCCGCCGCAAGCCAACCGACGACGACCGAGAGGACAGUGCAAGCCGCCACGUUAGCGUCGCCCGAGCGCGAGGAGGAUGACGAACCGACGUACGUUAACACGUCGGAAAUCAUCGACGACGAUGACGAUUUCGACGCGACGGAAGACGACGAUGACGAGCUGGAGGAUGACAGUCCGGUGCCGAAUCGCAGCUCGGGCCUCAGCACUACGUCCAGCGGUUAUUUGCGACCGUCGGCCAUCAACAGCACACCGAUCGCCCGGGUAACACCGUCCACUGUGCCGGUGGACAAAGCUUCGCCGGCGGGCGUAAGCAGCUUCAAAUCUACCGCUCCUGCCACCACCACCGACGUGUUGAAUCAAAUCAAGUUCCAAGGUCCCACGGCCAAGGCCGGCGGCGAACCGGCGGCGAAAAAAGCAGCAGCAGCGAACGGACCGUCCGCAACCGGUUCGUCCUACAAACCGUACCACAGCGUACUGACGAACAAUGCGCGCGCCGGUUCGGUGGUGGCCGCCGCCAAAGCGAAAAUCGCAUCGGAAAAAUCGAACGGCACCGGUCCUGCCACCAAAAAACUGCCUUCACAAGCGAACGCAUCCGUCCGCACGCGUACACCGUCGCCGCGCGGUAGCAUCGCCAACGGUUCCCUCCCGAACGGGACCGUACCGGGGAAGGCGACGGGCGCGGCUGCACCGUCCACUACGAAGCCGAAAACGGCCGCCAAACCGGCCACGAUCACCGGCAACAACGGAAAGCUGCUGACGGCUGCCGCCCGACCCGGCCCCGGCAAAGUGUCCAACGUGGCAUCGUUGCAGCAAAAGUUUGAAGGACGAAAGUAACCCGUGUGCUGCCCCCCUGUGUAACGUGUUUUGUUUUAAAAUCAGUUUUGACGCGAUCGUGCGAUAGAGCACGGGCACGAGAAUGUGGUACAUAAUAAUUAUUUAUACCUUUUCGCGUCGUGCUGCAGGCACGAAAAAAGAAGAAGCCAGGAGCGGUACGAUUUGAUAGGACCAAUUAAUUAGCUGUAUGUUCGGUUAUUGUAUGGACAAGGUGAAAGGGGUGACCGACGCCGGGGGGUUAACAACGUUGAAUCACCUUAUCAUCGGGAAAAAAAACCCCAUUUCGAUCGAUCCUUUUAGCCAAUGUAUGUAAUUGUAUCGAUGUGUUCAGUAAGUGUGCUACGCAGGAGCCAAAGAAAGAAUGCUACAAUCGCGGGAGGGGGGGUGGCUCGGGCGUUCGGGGUUGCCGUAAAGCAGUUUCGGUGACAAAAAAAAAAACCAAUCCCCGUGCUACGUUACUACUAACUCGUUAACGCGAGAAGAGCGUUGGAGAAUCAAAAGAAGAAAUUCGCUGUAAAUAUUUGUAAAACACCGAUGAUGCGUAGACGCUGCCGGCGGACCGUGUUUCUAGAUGUCUUUAUUUCCAGCUGGAUGUUAUAUCCUUCCCGUGGAGGAACCACACACACACACACACACGCUUAAGCUAAACUCUCACUGGAUACACAUCAAACUGGUUGACUGGCAGGGGCCGAAUCGAAUGGAACGCGUUCCUUUUUCGCGCCUACCCCUGCCGAAAGAUGACCUGAUGAAAGUGCAGUGUAGUUCCAUUUUCGUACUGUAGUGAGGCAGAGAGUUGUAUCGAGAGAAAGAAAAACAAAAAAAACACACACACCGAGAACGAAAUACGGUUUAAUAAUAAAAACAACAAA